GAUGUAUGUUUGAUUGCCGGUGCAUUCACAGACAGGUGCUGUAGGUGUUACGUCCCGUUAGGAGGGGGCCAUGUAUCACCAGCCUGUGCUGAAAAACAGGCGGACUCUGCUGGAGAGAGCAGAGAAAUUUAUAUCAGAUAUUUACUUCACAGACUGCAAUCUCAGAGGACGACUCUAUGGAGACUCCUGCCCACUGGAGUCCAUCACCUCAUUCCUGUCCUGUAAACGGAUCCCAUUCACCGAGGCUGCCCAGCAGAACUUUUCACCUUAUAAAAUUGGUGAUACCUUUGGACCCACAUGGUGGACUUGUUGGUUCAAAGUGAAUCUUAAAAUCCCCGUGAACUGGAGAGGGAAGGAGGUUCAUCUUCUGUGGGAGAGCGAUGGGGAAGCCAUGGUUUGGAGAGACGAGCAACCAGUGCAGGGGCUGACCAAAGAGGGCGAGAAGACCAGUUACAUCCUGACCGACUGUCUGAAAGAUGAAGAGCCACAUAGUGUCACUCUUUAUGUGGAGCUGGCAUGCAAUGGACUUUUUGGAGCUGGUCAAGGGUCCAUGAUUGCAGCCCCAGAUCCUAACAGGAAGUAUUCUGUACAGAAGGCUGAGCUGGUGGUGUUUAAUCGGGACGUCAGGGAGCUGCUGACUGAUUUCGAGAUGCUGAUUGACAUUGUGAAGCAACUGGGGGAAGGAGAGCAGCGAGGCUACCAGGCGCUCUUCACUGUCAAUGAGAUGGUGAACCUCUGUGACCCAACAAAAGCCAGCUCUUAUUCCAAAGCACGCAGCCUGGCCCACAAGUUCUUCAGCCAACAGAACGGACAAAGCCAGCACACAGUCCACGCAAUGGGCCACUGUCAUAUAGACUCAGCCUGGCUGUGGCCCUAUGAGGAGACCAUUCGCAAAUGUGGGCGCAGCUGGGUGACAGCGAUCCAUUUGAUGGAGAAAAACCCAGAGUUUAUGUUCACUUGCUCUCAGGCCCAGCAGUUCCAGUGGGUGAAGACGUGGUACCCAGGACUCUUCUCCCAGAUUCAGCAUUACGUCAAGAAGGGCCAAUUUAUUCCUGUCGGAGGCACAUGGGUGGAAAUGGAUGGCAAUCUGCCCUCAGGUGAGUCCAUGGUCCGGCAGUUUCUAGAAGGCCAGCGCUUCUUCCACAAGGAGUUUGGACUCCAUUGCAAAGAGUUCUGGCUACCAGACACCUUUGGCUACUCUGCCCAGCUCCCUCAGAUAAUGCAGGGCAGUGGCAUUUCUCGCUUCCUGACACAGAAGCUCAGCUGGAACUUGGUCAACGUAUUCCCUCACAACACAUUUUUCUGGGAGGGCCUGGAUGGCUCCCAGGUGCUAACUCAUUUCCCACCUGGAAAUUCAUAUGGCAUGGAGGGCAAGGUUGAAGAUCUGGUAAACACUGUGAAGAACAACAAAGACAAAGGCAGAGCCAAUCACAGUGCGGCCUUGUUUGGUUUUGGUGAUGGUGGCGGUGGACCCACACAGCUGAUGCUAGACAGACUUCAGAGAGUCCAGGACACAGAUGGCCUUCCUAAGGUCUGGAUGUCCGCUCCUGACAGGCUUUUCUCUGAGCUCCAGGCUGACUCAGCUCUGCUGUGUACUUGGACUGGAGAACUCUUUCUAGAGCUUCACAAUGGCACGUACACCACCCAGGCCCAGAUAAAACGUGGGAACCGCCAGUGUGAGACGCUGCUUCAUGACAUCGAGGUGGCCAGCAGCUUGGCACUGUCUCGGGGUGAGGCCUUUGAGUACCCAGUGAAACAGCUACAGGAGCUCUGGAGACUGCUGCUUCUAAACCAGUUCCAUGAUGUGAUCCCUGGUAGCUGCAUAGAGAUGGUUGUGGAGGAUGCACUCAGGUAUUAUGAAGAUAUCCGUCGUGUUGGUGGUGGGCUGCUGGAUGAUGCAUGCAGAGCUCUGCUGUCAAAGGAGCAGAAGGGAGACGCCCACGCUGUGUUCAAUUCUCUGCCAUGGGAGCGCAAUGAAGUCAUCCAGCUCCAGGAUACUGCUGGUCAACCUGGUCUAGCUCUGGUGAGCGUUCCCAGUGUUGGUUUGGCUACCGUCAAAAACACACAGCCUGUGGCUCCGGUGUCCGUCACUGUUCAGGCUGACGGUACUGUCCUUAUGGCGAAUGGGAUUUUGCAAACCAUCGUAAACAAGAAUGGGAGCUUGGCAUCGCUACAUCUGGUCAAUGCAAACAGAGAAGCUAUCUCUGACGGCUGUCAUGGCAACCAGUUUGUCAUGUUUGAUGACGUUCCCCUGUACUGGGAUGCUUGGGAUGUAAUGGACUACCAUCUUCAGACAAGGAAGCCGGUGCUGGAGGUGGUGCAGCCGGUCCAAAUCGUGUCCUCGGGUGGGCUCCGAGGCAGCGUCAGCUUCACACUGAGGAUCAGUGACAAGAGCACCAUCACACAGGAGAUUGUCCUAGAUGCCAUGUGUCCUUACAUCAAGUUCAACACACAGGUGGAGUGGGCAGAAUCACAUAAGUUCCUUAAGGUGGAAUUCCCUGUGCGAGUACGCAGUCCCAACGCUACGUAUGAGAUCCAGUUUGGUCACUUGCAGAGACCCACACACAGGAACACGUCCUGGGACUGGGCCAGAUUUGAGGUUUGGGGACACAAAUGGGCCGACUUAUCGGAGCACAACUUUGGAGUUGCGCUACUGAAUGACUGCAAAUACGGUUAUUCAGUUCAUCGGAACAUUAUGACAUUAUCUCUACUCCGAGCAGCCAAGGCCCCGGACGCCAAUGCUGACAUGGGGACACAUCAUUUCACUUAUGCAAUCAUGCCACAUACUGGAUCAUUCCAAGAUGCAUCUGUCAUCCAAUGUGCAUACAACCUCAACUUCCCUCUGAGGCUAAUCCGCUCCGCACCUGGCACUGUGCCGUGGAGUGCCCUCUCUGUCAGCGACCCAGCCGUCAUCCUUGAGACAGUUAAGCAGGCUGAAGACAGAAAGGGUUCACUGGUGGUUCGCCUUUAUGAGUCACACGGGAGCAGCGUGACCACAAUGCUCCGCUUCACCCUCCCUGUCCGAGAGGCCUGGCACUGUGAUCUUCUGGAGCGCCCAGACCCAACCCAGCCAGCACACAUUACACCAGAUGGAAUUAUUUUAAACUUCAGUCCUUUUCAAAUUGUGUCACUCCUCCUUCACCUGUGAUCAGAAGUGUAUUUUACUGAGUUUAAAGGCUGUCACAUUCAGAUUACUGAUCAAAUGUGUUAUCUGUAUCAAUUUAAAUCAGAAAUUCACACAGUCUUGGCUAAUGGCUGAUCCAAUAAAUUGUCCUAACGCUGUAAUCUAUUCAAAUUAUGACUAUAAUUUGGACGCGACAACAACAUUACAGCGGUGUAGUCUGGAACAUUUCUAUUGACAAUGAGUAGGGAAACCAAAAAAAAUGUAGAUUUGGGUUAGAAUUGAUUUUUUUUUUUUAUCUUUUGCAUCUGAGCUUUAUAAUUUGGUACUUACGGAACUUUCACAUCAAUUUGAGACUCUGUCCUGAUAUUUGUGUAUCUUUUCAUGGCCGACAAGUUGAAUAAAAUGAU